GAAGAUGUCAAAGUCAAAGUAGACAAAGACUCUGAAUCUGAAGGUCAAAGACAUGUCAUACUAUUUCAAGACAAGAUUAUGGUUACCAAGCCAAUGACCUCAGACCCAAAGGGCAAGCUAGAAUUUGAAAAGAUUAUUGAGCUAAAAGACUUAACUGUUGGUAAACAAGAGGAUACAGAUGGAUCGUCAUCAUGUACUAUUGAAUUGUGGGAAGACAAAUCGUUGGAAUUAAGUGCAUCACCAUCGCUAAAGCUACAAGUACAAGAUAUUCAUGCAAAACAAGCUUGGGUGAGAGACAUACGAGAGGCAAAGAAAAAACUAGAGCUACAAGAAGAAACUAUAACCAUGCCAGAAUUCAAACAGAAACUAAAGGGGAAGAACCUAACAUCCACACCAAAAAAAUCCAAACUGGUAAAAAAUAUUGACUCAGUGGAAGUUGAAUCAGACAGAAGCUCUGAUGAUUUUAACAUACUAGGGACCACAAGGAAGGACCUAGUUGGAGACAGAUAUGUAGCAGCUGAAUUUGAGGAUGGAACAACAAGACCUUUAUUCAAAAGGAAACUACAAAAAACUAUUGUAGAAGAAAGCUCCACAGCGAAACUAGAAUGUGAAGUAGCUGGAAUACCCCAACCAAAAGUCCUCUGGUUGAAGAAUAACCGACCAUUGUUUGAAUCAGACCAUUGUAAGGUCGUAUCAGAUGGGGCCACACACACACUUGAGUUUACAGACAUCAGGAAAGGGGACACAGGUCUAUAUACGGCUAGAGCUAUGAAUGUUAAUGGGUCCACAAUCAGCACAGCAGAAUUAUAUGUUGGAGAAGUCCAACCAGCCUUGCUGAACAAAUAUAAAGAAGGACUAUCAGACUCCAAGUACCAGACCCCAGCUUACUUCUUCCAGAUGAACAGUUGUCAAGUAGAAGAAGGGCGCUUAGCUCGCUUUGAUUGUCGUGUGGUAGCUUACCCUAAACCAGAAAUUGUAUGGAUGAAGGAUGGAAAGGUAGUAGAACCAAACGACAGAUACAAACUACUAAACUUUAACAAUGAGAUCUACUCCCUUCUGAUACAGAAUGUGGUCAAGGAAGACAUGGGAAGAUACACAUGCUGGGCUCACAACAAAUAUGGCGAGGCCAUGACAGAAGCUUAUCUAAAUGUUAUUGCUUUUCAUGAUCAACAAGAAGAAGGUGACAUUUCACCACAGUUCCUAACAAGAUUUUAUGACCAAACAUUGACCGAAGGCGUGCCUGCCGAAUUACAGUGCCUCAUUGAUGGUCGUCCAUUUCCCACGAUCAAAUGGCUGUUUAAUGACUGUGAAAUCAUACCAAAUGAUAAUGUUCACAUUUUACAAGAGAAAAACUUGAUUGGUCUAUGUAUAAAGGAAGUGACCUCAAACGACCUUGGCACAUAUACUUGUAACCUGAAAAAUGCCCUUGGAGAGGCCAAAUGCAGCGCUGGAUUAAAUGUUCUCAGUGAAAAGAUCAAGAAUGUCCCUGUAUUGCCAAAGUUUUUAAGGAAAUUAUCUGACCAAAAUGUUAGAACCGGAGAGGGUGUAACAUUUGAAGUUGUUGUGAUAGGUGAACCACCACCAAAAGUGACAUGGUUAUUUAAUCAUAAGCCAAUAUCAGAAACUCGAAGAAGAUUUAAAAUAAGCCAGGACGGAGAUGUCUAUAGACUGACCAUUGAAGAUUUGAUACUGGACGAUGAUGGUAAGAUCACAUGUAAAGCCGUCAACAGUGAGGGGGAAGUUUACACAAGCGGAAACCUCCUCGUUAGAGAGUCCAGAAAGGGAUCGGAAAAACCAGAAGAACCAAAAUUCACACAGAAAGACUUUGAUGCUAAAUAUGGCUAUUUACCAACGUUUAUAAAGAAAAUAGAAGAUACUUCCAUUCCAACAGGAAAAGAUGGAAAGUUUGAAUGCAGAGUGAUGGGAAUACCCGAACCAACAGUCACAUGGAAAAAAGACGGCAGAAAUCUGACAAAUGAUGGUCAUUACUUAAUAUCACAAGAUGGUGGUACCUGUUACUUGACCAUUAGGGGUGCUAAAGAUCUUGACCAGGGGCUUUAUACAUGUAUUGUUGCCAAUGCUGCUGGAGAAAACACAUGUACAGCUUACAUGAAACUAACUGAAGCUUUGAAACCAGGAGAACAUUUUGAUAGGGAGUCAUCUCUUACACCACUUAUAAGAAAAGCAACAGGAGAAGUUCCAACAAUGCCAUAUGAAAAACCAACCAUUAGCGAUAUUAGACCAGAAUCCACCAGGUUGACAUGGCAACCAGUAUUGACAUCUGCUCUCUCACCUGACAGCAAAAAUAUCAAAUACCUCAUUGAAGGGAGAGAACUGCCUGAUGCUGAUUGGAGGAAAUUGGCCUCUGGUAUCCAUGGAAACACUCAUCUGCUGAGAAACCUCAGACCACAGAGAGACUAUGAUUUCCGAGUGAGAGCUGAGAACCAGUUUGGGGUCAGUGAUGCCACGACACCAGCCAUGUUAGAAAGACCAAGAACAGAAGUUGAUGACUUUGCUGACAGCAUGAAAUCAAAGGUACCCCAGUUUAGGAGACCUCCAGAACUUCCAAAAUCCAAACCAUUGAUAGCUGACUUUGGAACAGAUUCAGUCAAGUUGGCAUGGCAACCAGCUUAUGUACCCCCUGCAAUAAAGACUGCACCUCCAGUGUCAUACCGACUGGAAGCCCAAGAAUUACCAGCCACUGAUUGGCUGCCUCUAAGUAGCAGACUAACAGACACCAGUCAUUAUUUAUCAGACCUCCUAUCGGACAGGGACUACAAUAUUAGGGUCCGUGCUGAGAAUAAAUAUGGUCUCAGUGAACCUACAGACUCUAUUUGGAUUCCAAGGGCAAAAGCUUUCCCAGGUGUCCCCAUUUCAAGACCAGAGAUAACAGAAAUUGAACCACACAUGGUCAAAUUACGAUGGGAACGAGUUGACGUGCCAUCAUUCUCAGCCAAUGACAAAGACCUAAUGUACAUGAUAGAAAUGCAGGCGCCACCUGUCAGGGACUGGUCCACUGUUGCAAGAGACAUACCAGGAACGGUCUAUGUUGUGUCAGACUUAGAACCAGGCCAGGACUAUAAAUUUAGGGUCAGGGCCCGUACUCCGUUGGGUAAGAUGUCUGAGCCUUCACCAGUGACAUCAGUAUACAGAACUAUUGCAACUUCAAGGGCACCAAUUGACUCAUUUGAACUUGAAGACCAGGAUGUUGACUUUGACGGAAUACGUUUGAAAUGGAACAGAGUAGAAAUACCACCCUACGGUGCUGACGAACAACCUCUUCUCUAUAUGAUCGAGAUGAAUGAACCACCAUUGGAUGAGUGGCGUCCAAUCGUAAGUGGGCUACCAACUACCAGAUAUAGAGUGACGGACCUUAUACCAGAUAGAGACUAUCAUUUCAGGGUCCGAGCUCUCAGCUCUUAUGGAGUUAGUCCACCAUCAUACACAUUACCAGUUUCUUAUCGUAGACCUCUACCAGGUCCAAACCGUGUUUUGUCAGAAUAUCCACAGAUUGUGUAUGAUGAAAGUGAUGCACUACAGUUGGCAUGGCAACCACCAAAGAUCAGCAGUCAUGAGCCAAUCAGAUACAGAGUUGAGCUUCAAGCUCCACCCAGUUUGGCAUGGAAACCAUUGGCUACUGGUAUCCCUGACACUAGAUAUCCAAUCAGAGGACUUGGACCCAGCAGGGACUACAUGUUCAGAGUUGUUCCAGAAACCAGAGCAGGAACCUUGGAACCCUUGCCUCCAGUGUCUCUCACCUCCCUGCCAGCUCCUAGAACUUUCCUUCCCAGUCGACCAGAAAUCCUUGAUUACAAACCAGACUCUUUCAUGUUGUCAUGGAGACGACCUUAUGUUGACACACACUUACCUGUUAUGUACCGUAUUGAAAUGCAAGAACCUCCCAGUGUGGAUUGGCGCCCUCUUGUGUCAGAUGUUGCAGAUACCAGAUAUCAUGUGACAGGGUUACAACCCAGCAGAGAUUAUAGUUUCAGAAUUGUUCCUUACUCAGGUUCUGAUUACUGGGAACCACUGCCACCUGUUACACUUACCUCUAUGCCAAUAAAACCAAGGUUCAGACCACAUGAACCAACUAUUACUCCCUUCGGAGAUGACUCAAUCAAGUUGUCAUGGAAACCAGCAGAUAUCCCAAUGUACCAAAGGACGCCAGUACCAAUACGUUACAUCGUUGACAUGAGGACACUCCCAAGCUACGACUGGACCCCACUUACACGUAACAUCUUGGACACAUCGUACAUUGUGAAGGGGCUGAGUCCACUGAAAGAGUAUCAGUUUCGUGUUAGACCUCAGACUGACUAUGGCAUUGGGGAACCUACCAUGCCUGUUACAUUUUAUAGGAAACCUGUGCCAAUGCUUAGACGUGAGCCAAUUAUUUCGAACAUCUAUGGUGAUUCUGUUUUGUUGUCAUGGCAACCUGCAGAGAUUCAAGGUGACUUCAAAUUUCCACCAAAGGUGACUUACAGCAUAGAGCUGCAAGACAGGCCAGGAGUCGGUCCAUGGACUCCAUUUUUGACUGGUAUCACUGGAACAAAUUACCAAGUGACUGGACUAAGACCUGAUAGGGAGUAUUUUUUCAGGGUCAGAGGUCACGUUGGUGAUGUUUUCGGUGAACCAUCAGCACCCGUGUACUUGACACACAGAGCUGGACCACCAAAGAUGCCAAAUGAACAGCCCUACAUAUCAGAAAUGAAUCCUAACUCUGUCCAUCUACAAUGGCGAGCUGUUCAGUUACCAUCAAAGAUAACAGACUAUGCUCCUGUCACCUACCGACUAGAAGUCCAGGAGCUCCCUCGAUCUGAUUGGGUAAUCCUGGUCGAUGGUAUACCACACACUGACUUCCAUGUGACAAACCUACAUCCCGAUCGGGAGUAUAACUUCCGUGUCAGAGCCAUUAACAAGUAUGGUUAUAGUGAGCCUACACCAUUGGUACAAAUCAGAAGGCGUGCUGUUCCACCAAGAAUGCCUAAAGACGAACCAAUGAUCUAUGACAUUGGUCAUGGCUCACUGAUGUUGUCAUGGAGACCAGCAGACGUCCCACACUACCUUAGCGAAUCACCUGUGACCUACACAAUCUAUGUCCAGGAACCUCACUCAACAACAUGGCGUCCAUUAUAUCGUAGGAUACCAUACACCUCAUACCAUGUGACCAACCUAAAUCCUGAUCGGGACUACUGUUUCCGUGUACAGGCAGAAAAUCAGUAUGGUGUCAGUCAGCCAACUAACACAAUCAGACUGACAAGAUUGUCAGACUUCAGAUCACCAAUUGACAUACCUGAAAUUUCUGAGUUUGAUGAUACCAGAUCAUCUCUUAUGUUGCGUUGGAAACCAAAACAAAUGGCGCCAUUUGCUGGCAAACCAUUGAAAUACCACAUUGAGAGCUGGGAACCAGUCAAACGCACCUGGAGAUCCCUAGCCAGGGACAUACCAGAUACAAGCUACCGUCUGACUGGGUUAUCUCCAGAAAAUGAUUACAUCCUUCGAGUAAGAGCACAGGCAGAAAGUGCACUGAGUGAACCUUCGUAUCCAAUAUCUACAAGCAGAUAUAGAACAAAGACGCCUAUUACUAGACCACAACUGUUUGAUGUUGAUUCUGACUCUGUCAGGUUGUCAUGGCAACCCUAUGCAGGAACCAUAACUCCAAGGCGAUACAGGUUAGAGCUUAGAGAAUCCUCAGUACCAGACUGGCGACCAGUGACAACAGAUAUUUACGGCACUACACACAAAGUGACAGGACUGAAACCUAAACAAGACUAUGAGUUCCGUGUUCGUGGAAUCACUGAGAAAGGACCGACAGACUAUGUAUAUUCUGUACCUCUACACAGAAGAUCAGUGAUUCCAAGGAUGCCACUAGCAGGUGUGGAUGUAGUCAAUGUUGAUGACGAUUACGUUGACUUAAGUUGGAAAAUGGUUGACAUCCCUGCUUACAGUGCUGACGACAAGCCACUCGCUUUCCUGAUAGAGGCUCAACAGCUUCCAAGAUAUGACUGGCUUCCUGUUGCUAGUGGAAUAUCAGACACGUCAUACCGUGUGAAGAACCUACAGCGGAAUCAAGAUUACAACUUCAGAAUCCGUGGAGAAUAUCCUUCUGGCCUGUCCCAACCCUCCCAACAAGUCCCUGUUUACCGCAGACCAAUUCGCCCUGGAGUACCUAUUACACGACCUGAGAUUAUUGAUGAAGACUCGACCAGUGCCAGACUACGUUGGCAGAGAGUUUACACACCACCUUAUCGUCAUAGUGAACCAAUCAGCUACCAGAUAGAGCAACAGGAAGCUCCUCACAGAAACUGGCGCCCUCUAGCAAGGGGAAUAACCAUGACUGAACAUACAAUUACAGACCUCAUGCCCAAGAAGGAUUACUUGUUCAGAAUCAGGGCAGAGUCACAAAAUGGUGACAUUAGUGCACCAACGCCACCAAUAGCAUACUACAAAUCACCAACAAAUGAAGUCGAUAUUGAAAACAAAAAUGUUGAUUUGAAUAAUUUACCAAUUAAAUUAGAAAAUGAAAUAUUUACUAAUUUGAGAGAAAAUGAUGACUGCUUAGAUUCAAACAAAAAUGGCAUUUGUGUCAAAGAUGACCUUAGAACCAACAAUAGUCUUGACCUUGAAAACACCAAGAGUGUUACCUCACAUGACACUGAUAAUCAAAAUAAUAAUGAAGCUUCUGAGACCAAUAUGAAAGAAGAUAAAGUUAAACACAAUGAUGAUCCAGAAUUAACACAUGACUAUUCUUGUAACACUUACAAAAAUGAAAUUGACGAUUCUGAUACUGAUGAAAAUGAUUUUGAAGCACUAUCUCCCAGAAUUCCCAGGAAGACUGUGGAUUAUAAGAUGUUCGAGCAGGACUUCUCAGUACCAUCAAGAUGCUAUGUUGAUCACCUAACUACAUUCAUUCCGCCAAGAUUACCUUUGGAUAAACCAGAUAUGACUGAGGAUGGCCCAUCAACUGUAUCCCUGCGGUGGAGACCUGCACAGGUACCAGAAAGAACCAGAGACAAGUACCCAAUCACAUACAGCAUUGAAGUGAAGAAUCCACCUAAUUUUGAAUGGAAUGAUGUCGAAUCUGGUCUGACUGGUCUCUCACAUACACUGAAAGAUAUACAUCCUGAUGUGGAUUACAUGUUCAGAAUCAGGGCCCACAAUGAAUUUGGAAGUAGUGAGGCAACACUUCCUGUUUCUCUAUACAGACCAAUAGAGGUAGAACAGUAUUAUGAUGAUGAAUACGACUCAGACUAUGAAGUUCCCUUUGUUACCCUUGGAGAUUGUGAAGCUCCUAUUGAAGAAGUUCCACCUAAGUUACCAAUGGAAACACCACGAUUGACCAGCGUGACAGGGGAGAGAGCAAUGCUACACUGGUUGUCUGCUAGGAUACCAGCCUAUGCCAAGAAAGUUCCCAUCACUUACAUUGUGGAGAUUAAAGAAGACAAUAUGCCUGGUUUCUCACAUUUCCAGAGUGGAAUCAUUGAUCCCAAAUUCCUCAUUGAGGGACUUAAUCCUAAUAUGGGUUACCAGUUUAGAGUGAAGGCAGAAACCCAGUUUGGUUGUAGUGAUCCUACAUUGGCUGUUUGCCUGGAUAGAAAUAAAGAGGAGGAGGAAUCUGAGUUAAAACUUGAGGAUGUAAGAAAUCUUAUACAAACAAUGCAGGACAAAGUAAAAAGACCACUUAUAGACUUAAAAAGAGAGGACCUUGAAAUUCCACAGGCGAAAAUGAGAGAUGCUGCUCCUAAAGGAGUACCACCUAGGAUGUCAUCGUCACGACCUCUAAUUACCAACCACUAUGGAGGAAACUUGUUGUUGACGUGGGGUCCAGCACGUGUGCCAUCCUAUGUCAAAGGAUCUUCAUUGAAAUACACGGUAGAAAAACGUGAGCCACCACAUUCCAUGUGGACGGUUCUGGCUGAUAACAUAGAAGAUAAUGAAUAUGAUGUGACUGGAUUAAAUCCAGAAAGAGAUUACAUGUUUAGAAUCAGAGCUAAGAACCAGUUUGGUGCUAGUGAUCCCACAAUGCCUUGCAGUGUUAUCAAUGUCAGAGAUGACUAUGUACCUCCAGUAUUUAGCAGAUCACAGUCCAGGGACAGUGGAACACCAAGGAUGUCCCGACGAUCUUCUAUAGAGAGUCCACUUGUCCUCAGUAGACAGAUAUCACUGGAUGAAAGUGAUGACAUGUAUAGAAGUGGUAUGCCCCCAGAAUUCAAAUCAACAGUUGAGGAGUUACAGUAUGGUGUAUUAGGGAAAACAGUCAGAAUCAACCUAGCUGUCAGGGGUUUCCCUCUUCCUGUUAUAGAAUGGACAUUCAAGGGAGAUAACUUGUCUGAUAAAACUAAAUAUAAAUCUAUCAUCACACCAAGUGGAGUUAUCACCCUUGAUAUAUUUAACCUCUGUUUGGAUGACAUUGGAGAAUAUAAAUGUACAGCAGAAAAUGACAAUGGGAUUAAAAUUAUAAUUGUACAAUUAGAAUAUGCAGAUGCACCUACAUUUAUUGAACCGACAGAAGACAUGUAUCUGGACAGCCACAAGAGUGGUAGGUUUGAAUGUAAAGUAGAUGGUAUUCCUUAUCCUAAGAUACGAUGGAUGAAAGAUACACGACCAAUCACUGAAACCAGCCGAUUGAAGAUACAACACACCAAACCAAACCAAUGGUCGCUAAGUCUGAAUGAUGUCAUUUCAUUGGAUAGUGGCUUGUACACAUGUGUGGCUGAAAAUGUGGCGGGAAAAUCCAUCUCUUCUUCAAAUCUGUUUGUUGAUGAUGAUAGUGAUAAUGAAGAACUUGAGACCACAACUAAACAAAUAUCUUUCCGUGAGUCUGUGUUUGAAGAUUAUUACUAUCCACUUGAGGAGUUAGGCAGAGGUCGACAUGGAAUCGUCAGAAGAGUUAUACAGAAAUCUACCGGCAAGGAAUAUGCUGCUAAAAUGAUCCCAGCAUGCAAUGAGGAACUGAAAUUUUUCUUCGGACAUGAAUUGAACAAUAUGCGACGUAUUAAUAACCAACGUGUUCCAUCGGUCAUUGAUGCGUUCCAGUCAGAGAGACAGUUGGUCAUUGUAAUGGAACUUGUCAAAGGGAGAUCACUGGUAGACCACAUCUUGUCCCAGGAAAAAUGGACUGAAAUUGAGGCUGUGAAGUAUGUCAAACAACUCUUGGAAAUACUCAGAAAUAUCCAUGCAUCAAGUAUUGCUCAUCUUGAUAUCAAGCCUUCAAAUAUUUUCCUGUCAAGCCCAGAUUCAGAUCAGAUCAGACUGAUUGACUUUGGACUCUCUCGUCACGUGUCUAUGGAUUACGAUGUCAAGUUAAACUACGGCACAGAAGAAUUUACCUCCCCUGAACAGAUUAAGAAUGAACCUGUCUCCUCAGCCUCAGAUAUGUGGAGUGUUGGCAUUCUCACUUAUAUUUUAUUUAGUGGUGUAUCUCCAUUAAGGGGAGAAAACAACUCUGAAACAUUGAAGAAAGUGAUGGAAGGUAAAAUUAACCCAUUGGAGGAGAAUUUCAAACAUGUGUCAGAAGAUGCUAUAGACUUUCUGGCAGAACUUUUAGUAGUUGAUCCAUGUGAUAGAUUAUCAGCUGCUGAAUGUUUAAUACAUCCUUGGAUAAAAGAGUCAGCAGAUAAGAGCAACAGUCCACUUGAUCUUGGUCCACUUGUAUCAUUCCAAGCUAGAGAUUUAGCACAGAGAAAAGCAUCAAGUUUAAGAAGCAUAGCACAAUUACACUGUCUGACAUCUGUUCUGGAGCAAACAGUUCCUGUAACGCCAUUCACAACAGCCAGAGAUAAUGAAUCUGGAAAUCAAACGUACCCUGAUUGUGAAUACUUUGGUGAAUAUCUUGAUGAAGAAUCCUGGUAUGACUGGCAAAACAGAUACCACAGAGGUCCAGGGGCAAAAGUUGUGCCACUGACUGAUGCUGAGUACCUUUCAAGAGUCCCUGGAUUGAGGACAACACGGAGGAUGACAGAUGUGGAUGAUGAAGAUGUGGAGACAAUAGUUAGACGGAAGAUGUCAGUGAUGGAAGCAGAUAAGGAUAUCCACGAAGAUCCCUGUUUACGGAAAGAGUUACAAUAUGGGGUAGUCGCUGAUGAUGUCAAGCAGAGGAAGAAGGCAUCAAAAGAUUUGUUUCCUAAAGAUGAGUCAAAAGAUGAAAAUCCACAGAUUGUGUCCAAGUUCCAUGAUCUUGCCUUUACUCCUGGAGAAAACAUUGUCCUACGGUGCAUUUUGGAUAUUGAUGAAUCUCCAGCAGUCACAUGGUACAGGAAUGAAGAGCUAGUCUCUGAGAGUAGUCGUAUUUACGUAAAAGUGACAGACAAUGGUACUGUGCUUACAGUUGUCUCUGCCAAACCAUACAAUGCUGGAAUAUACAAAUGUAUUGUGAGGAGUAAAGGAGGAAAAGCUACUGCAGCAGCUAGAGUCUUGGUGGGAGAUGUUCCAAGUCAGCCCAGCAGACCAGUGGCAACACAAGUAUCAUCAACACAAGCUUUGUUGCUAUGGGAACCACCAACAACCAAUGGAAACUCUUACAUCACAGGAUACAGAGUUGACUGCAGAAAAACAAAUGGAAAUUCUUGGUUGACUGUUGCACACCCCAUUGAUGAGUGUACAAUUGUACAAGAUCUGGCACCCAAUGCAUCUUACAGAUUCAGAGUUUGUGCUGUAAACCAGUUUGGUUUCAGUGCUUACAGUGUUGCCUCCCCUGAAAUUGUGACAACUGAAGAUGGGGACAAAAUUGUAUUAGAUGAGUACACCAGUGCUAUUCUUGCAAGACAGAGUGGUGUGCAUCUAAUGUCAUCACCGCCAUCUAGUGGUCCAGUACAACUGACUGAAGGAGCCUUUAGUGAAAAAUACAACCUUACAGAAACAGUUUAUAGUGGGAAAUUCUCUGAAAUUAAAAUUGCCGAGAAUACUUCAACAAAGAGAUCCUAUGCUGCCAAAAUAAUUCCAUGUGACAAAGACAAAAAAUCAACAGAAUUUGAAAUCUUGAAAUUAAUGAACCAUGAAAAAGUCAUCAGACUAUAUGAUGGAUUCUUAUUCAGUGAGAAGCUUUAUAUCAUUACUGAAUAUUUGUGUGGAGUAAACGUUUUGCAGCAUUUUGCUUUCAAGUCAAAAUAUUCAGAAGACAUGGUUGCCAUAGUGAUACGACAGAUCUUGGAAGGUGUACAAUAUUUACAUCACGUGGGUGUGGUCCAUUUGAACUUACAACCAAGCAGUGUGGUAAUGAGGAGCAGACGACACUUGGAUGUGAAGAUAUGUGGAUUCAGUCAUGCGAGGAAAUUGUCUGGCAAUGGAGAAGUGGUUCCUUGUGAAGGAUAUCCUGAUUUUAUUGCUCCUGAGAUUGUGACAAGUAAGACAACUUCAUAUUCAGCUGAUACAUGGACUGUUGGUGUCCUCAGUUUUCUUCUAUUGAGUGGAGACUCACCGUUCAGAGCCUCAAGUGUAGAAGAGACAUAUUUCAACAUAGCAUACAGUCGAUAUGACGCCCAUUCACUCUAUGAUAACAUAACAAGAGAUGCUCUUAGAUUUAUGAACAGGAUAAUGAAAAGAAUACCAAGUAAUCGUGUGUCAGUAGAAGAUUGUUUGGAAGACAAAUGGUUACUGGUUGCAGAUACAACAGUUAAGGCUAGACAGGAAGCCAUCUUUACCACUGCUAAAUUGAGGUCAUUUGCUGACCUUUACAGAGAAAGAGGAAUUCUGGGAGUAUGGAUGCCAGAGGAGAUACCAGAAACAGAAACAGAAAGUGAUGAAAAUACAGACAAAAAAGAAAAGAAAACAGAAGUACCUACAAAGACUGAAACAGAGCAAACAUUAGAGGCUAAGGAAAAUAUUGAAACUGCAAAACCAAAAGACGAUAACCAAGUGAUAUCACAAAAGGACAGUAACCCUGUGACAACACAAAAAGGUGAUGACAUUGUUGAGUCACAACAAAAUGUUAUUGAUAAAGUAGCUGAAACUGUUGUUACAGAUGCUAUGGAAGAUGCAUUUAAAAGCAAAGAAUUAAACUAAAAGAACUACUGACAAGAGAUAUUGACAUUAAAGUGUAUUAGAAUAAAUGGUUGUAAUGUGUAAGUUCUCAUCUCUGCAAAUUUACUGCGUAAGAAAAAUGAUUUAAAAUUAAUUAAAUGCUUUGUAAGAUAAAUUUUGCCAUUUAAGAAAGGUUAAUCUGAGAUGUUAUGUUAAUCGCAAGUAAAUUCAAUUGGCUUGUUUAUAAUAAGAUUUGUCCAAUAGACUGUAGUUUUUUGUUUGCAGGGGUGAGAAAUGCAAAUUUUAAACUCAUGUUGGCAAAUAGGUACUCCAGGGCGAAUUUUUUAUUUUUUUUGUCGACUUCUUAGAAUCGUUUAAGUCUUUUGAUGAGUUUAUUUACAUACAUUCAACAAUAUGACUGUAUGUAUUGAUACUGUUAGAUAUAAAAACAUUUAUGAAAGUAUUCUAGUUGAAUACUGUAUAUUACGUUUGCAAGGGAAAUUUAAAGUGUUUAGGAGUGAAGGGGUUAUUUAUAGAUUUGUAUUUCAUGUCCUGGAUCAUGUGAUCAGAUAAGGUAUAAAUUCCUUAAUACCCUGCUUUUUUAGAAGUUUGUUGUAGAAACUUUUUAGGCUCAUUCUUUUCAUAAUAUACAUACAUUACACUUAGCCUGAAUAUUAUGACGUAGAAAUUAGUUUCUUAGACCCAUCCAUGUCAUGACAAUAUCACCCCAUUUAUUACUUUUCAUGUAUUUCUAUCUUUGUGAGAUGCUUACAUUUUGUUUCUCUUAAAAUUGCCCUAUUAUUAUAGUUUCCUCUUGCUGAUGGAAGAGAGGGAAUGCAAAUUAAAAAGAAGACAUGAAGUAGGAAAAUCUUCCAAGUAAAUUAAGAGCAAAAUAUGGUUUUAAUUUACCAGUAUUCACUUGGCAAAUUAUUAAAACAAAUGUUAUUGGUUCAACGGAUAACUAUAAAGAGUAAUAAGGAAAGUUCAUAAUUCUUAAAUUAGGUUAUUUUUAUUAUGAUUAAUAUAAAAUUGUAUGAUUGGUUGUUUUAAGUAUUUAUUAUUACAACUGUUUCUUAUUAAAUACACAUUUUACGAUUUUUUACUGUGAUUUCUUAUUCUGUCAUUGGAAUUUGGAAAGUUUUGUCUGUGAUCGUUGAUUUUAAAAAGACUUAAUUUAUAUUUAUAAUCCAUAUAUGUGUGUAUUUUAAAAUGUAUAUAACUUAAUUAUUUAUCAAUUAUUUAUUGUAACGAAUUAGUUAGUGUAAUGGUUAUUUAUUAUUAGAUAAUUUGCAAAACAAAUUCAUACAAGAUUAUUGUUUGUUUUGUUUCACCAAUAUUUUUUGGGUUACAUAAUUGCAUGAUAUGACAGUCGUGCCUUUUGUGCGGCAUUAUUGAACAGGGACAAAUUACACCAGCGUCUUUGUGGAAAUAAACAUAUAUGUGUCUGUAGUGUCUUAUCAUUACUAUGGACAAAAAUUCAGGACUCUCAGUCAUAAAACUUUCCUGCAUAAUUUUGUGCUCGAAACACGAAGUCCAAUAAUUUGAUUGGUUGAUAUCAGAGGACGAGUACAAUAAUUGUGCUUUAAAAUUUUAUGACUACAAUUCCUGAUGUAACAUCAGUGUUGGCAAUUUAACUGGACUGUCCAUGUUAAUUACAUUAUUUAUGUUACAUAAUUGUAUGAAUUUUAACAUCAUUUCAGAAAGGUUACUUUACAGUGUUAAAAGUGUUAUCCCCAAAAAUGUUAAUACUUUUUGUCCUGUUUUGCUUGUACUACCUUGAAUUGACUUGAAGUGUAAAACAACAUAAAGAUUUUCUCAUGACUUUAUAAAGAGAAGGACAUGACAGGAACCAUAUUUUUAAAUGUAUGAAAAAGCAUCUAAAAAAGUCUGAAAGACAAUCUGCCCAAGAACAAUCUAAUGGUACUUGAUAUUGUGUGAAAUUUAUGUAAAAUUAUGUUUUAUGGUCUAGAAUUUUUUAAAAGACUUAAGAUCUGAUUGUUCUGUCUUAACUACCGCUCACAGUAUUUUAACAAUGAAAGUUCACUUUUACCAUGACAGAUAAAUUGUGGCAUCUCAUAAGUUGGAGCUCUGUAAAACAAUUAAAAAUAGAAACAAGUAAAAUUGCACAUGUUAUACUGAGAUCAAAAAAUUAACAUCUGUAUGUCCUUCUCUAAACAUUGUAGUAUCGCUUCCACCACCAUAUUUCUUUGAUUAUCAUGUUUGUUUUAAUUAGUGAUCAGUAUUAUUUAUUAAAACAUAACCAAGCCAUA